CACCAAAGACACCGGGUUGUUGUUUUUUCCCCCUCCGCUCUGUCUUCGGCGAAUCGUAAAAUGGUCGUGGAAAUGAAAAAGCAUGUUGGUCGGUGUACGACAGCCGACCGUCCACAUCGAAGUUGGAUCCUGUGAAUUGGAGGAACCGUUAAGGCGGCCGCUGGAACGGACUGUGGACCUUGUGGGCCCCCCCCCCCUUCGCUUCUUCCUUUUUUCUCUGAGAUGGUGAGUCACCACCUCCCUCCUGGAUUUUCUCAGUAAAUGGCUGGUCACACAAAGGCAAGGGAUCCCGGGUCAAUCAGUAACUAAAACCUGAGAAAGUGCCGCUGUUGCCCUGGCAUCACCGAGGUUGAUAACUGGUGUGAAAGCGGUGUUCAGUGAUCCAUCUUUCAUGCUGAGUCACUCACCUUUCAAUGCCAUGGCCUCUCCACACACCCUCAAGGCUGGGCUCUCGGAGGGCACGUAGAGAAACUCCCACGAGGACAUCCCUUGGUAGCACACGGUGCUUGGGCACAGAACCUCUGCCUCAUGAAGCUGGGCAGAAGUACGUGAGGGCAAACUCCCGCUUUGGCUGUGGUGACCUUCACAUAGACUUCAACUAAAAUUUUUGUUCUGUGAUUCCUUCUGUCCGGUUUGCACUGAGUGAAUUUGGGCAGGAGAGAAGGAGGAGCCGGCACGAUUUCUUCUGCUUUAUGAAUUUUUGCCACUGGGACUGUGUGAUAGAGCGGCAGGGGGAGCCAGUAUGGCCAGGCCGCUGCUAAAGAUACAGCGCUAUUUCCGCAGGAAACCUGUACGCUUUUUCUCCCUCAUCCUCCUCUACCUGACUGCCGGUAGCCUUGUGUUCCUUCACUCUGGCUUCGUCGGGGAAAGCUCCUCGGGAACCAGUGGAGGCAGAGACCCCCUUGUAGCUUCUGAGAUGGGUAGUCAGACAUCACCCUCAGACAACCGGGGCCUGGGCAUCAUGAGUAGGGUUUUUAAAGAGACUCGCAGAUCUGGCCGGAGGUAUGGCCCUCCAUGGAUGAAGAAGACGGGACAAGACAGGCAGAACUUUGAGGGCAGGGGUGGGGACUAUACCAGCAGCUGGAAUCGUGCCCUUAAAGGACGUAAUGCCAAAGACAUGGAGGAUGGAAGAGCAAAGUACAUCGGCUGCUACAUAGACAAUAUACAGAAAAGAGCACUGAGGGGAGUGUCUUUUUUUGACUAUAAGAAAAUGACUGUUUUCCGUUGCCAGGACAACUGUGCAGAAAGAGGUUACCUGUAUGCAGGCCUGGAGUUUGGAGCAGAGUGCUACUGUGGCCACAAGAUCCAGGCUCCCAACACUACUGAAAAUGAAUGCAACAUGGAAUGUAAGGGCGAGAAGAGCAACUUGUGUGGAGGAGCCAAUCGGCUUUCCAUCUAUAGGUUGGAGCUGAGCCAGGAGUCGGCACGCCGCUAUGGGAGUGCCAUAUUCAAGGGGUGCUUCCACAAGCCUGACAAUGUCACCAUGGCACUUCCUGUCAGUGCUGUCAUCCAGAACAUGUCUGUGGAAAAGUGUGUGGACAUGUGCACAGAGAGGGAGCAGUCUUUGGCCGUCCUAGCUGGAGAUCGGUGCCUUUGUGGAUUCCCCACCCCUCGCUUCUCCCUUCAUGAACCAGAGGAUGAGAACAUGUGCCUUCACCGCUGCCACGGGGAAGAAUUUGAGAGCUGUGGGAAUGACGAGUACUUUGUAGUUUAUCAAACACAGGUUCAGGAUAACCGCUGUAUGGACCGGCGAUUCCUGCCCACACGCUCAAAACACCUGCAGGCCCUAGCCAGUUUCCCCGGAGCAGGCAACACCUGGGCUCGGCAUCUCAUAGAGCUAGCAACGGGCUUCUACACCGGCAGCUAUUAUUUUGACGGUUCACUUUAUAAUAAAGGUUUUAAAGGUGAGCGAGACCACUGGCGGAGUGGGAGGACAAUCUGCAUUAAGACACACGAGAGUGGCAAGAAGGAGAUUGAAACUUUCGACUCCAGCAUCCUCAUGAUUCGCAACCCCUACAAAGCCCUCAUGGCGGAAUUCAACCGCAAAUAUGGUGGCCACAUCGGCUUUGCCUCUCAGGCCCACUGGAGAGGGAAAGAGUGGCCUGAGUUUGUGAAGAACUACGCUCCUUGGUGGGCCUCCCAUACUCUGGACUGGCUGCGAUACGGGAGGAACAUCCAUGUGGUUCACUUUGAGAAUUUGAAGAGGGAUUUGUUCUCCCAGCUCAAGGGAAUGGUCCUGUUUCUGGGUCUAGAGGUUUCUGAGGACCGCCUGCUCUGUGUUGAGGGGCAGAAGGAUGGCAACUUCAAGCGUUCGGGCCUACGCAAACUUGAGUAUGACCCCUACACCCCUGAAAUGCGCGCCAACAUUGAUGAACUCAUCAAAACGGUAGACGCUGCCCUGAGGAAAAGAAAAAUGUCAGGGAUCCCAGAAGAGUACACACCAAGAUGAUAUACGUAUCCCCUCCCUUUUCCACCCCCUUUCUCUUUCUUGCUCUUUUUAAUUUCAUUGACUCUUUUCCCCCCCUUGGCUCAGCACAUUUUUUUUUAGGAUUACAAAUAAUGAUUUUCAACAUGACUGCAUAGAUUUCAGAUAUUUUUCAUUAAGUGUCAUAAGUUGAAGAUCUAAAUGUGAAGACAUUUUUCUUGCCCCUCACAUUUUCUUCUGCUCUUCUCUUCUGUCAUGCUGUGAUUGACAACGUCUUAUGAUGCAUUGUUUUGAGAGUGGCCAUUAUGUGUUGUGGUGAGGGGAAGUGUGGUAUGUACUGUGGGCAGGGAUAAUAAAGAAAGGCACUUCUUUGCUCUAUGCACGUGUACUGUACAGGCAUGUGCCCAUGCCUUAACAAGAAGACAGUACAGUCGCUGUGACUUGGUUCUCAAGCAUAUCUGAGAUAUGUGCUGGUUCAUUUUCUUACCUUUAUUCAAAAGGUAUGGUAACACACUGUCAAGGAUGUUAUAGGAACCUAUUUUUGUGCAGAAUAAAUACAUAAUGAUAAUGGGAAAUGGUCUGCUGCUAUUACGUAUAUAACAAUAUUCUUUUAUACAUGAAUCAAUAUUCACUGAGACUUCUAAAUCUAAUUUUUUGCCGUAUGGAAAAAAAGGCAAUUUACAUGCUAUAAAUGAACCUGAAGUUGGAUACUGUUUAUUUGAAGAUUCCUGAACCUACGGUGUAUGUAUAAAAAAUGGUUAGUUUUGAAUCGUGUAGAAGUAAACCACUUGUAUUAAGCUAAAUGAUCCCUCUUGCUGGUACUGUAACAUGGGGGGGGGGGUGUCAAGGAGAAAAGCUGUUGAAGCAUUUUUUUCCAAUCUUAUUGCUAGUUUGCAAUAUACAUGUUGAGUUCUUUGGUUCUGAAUGUUUUUUGUUUUUUGUCACUGGACUAACUGCAGAAUUCCAAAAAGCGUUUCACUGUGCAACAACCACCCCAAAGAUCCCCGAGGAGGAAUUGGGCAUGACACUAUAUGUUGCAGUGAUGUUGCCACUAUUCGUGGUGGUCAUUACAUCUUCUCUUUAAUGACAGUUGCUUACACUGAAUGUAAGAAACUGCAUCAUUUUUGUUUAUUAAUGUAUUGUAAUGCAAGCUCUAGAAAGCUUUUAGCCAGUAUAGUCCUUCUCAGCGCUGUAGGUUUAAAAAAAACAAAACAAACUCUGAACAGUUGACCAGGGUGUGAAGCAUUUUAUUUUGUACAAGUGGCAUCUUUUAAAGCCACCCGCAAUGGGCUUUGCCAUAGACUUCAAAACACUGAAGGCUAAAAGCCAUGAAAGAUUAAAGGACUUCCAUAUACUGGAUACCAUACAUGUAUAUUUUUAUAAUACAUGCAAAUGCAACAAAAAUGGCCACAGCAGAAAUAUUUCUAAAGCAAAAAGCAAAUGGGAGAAUUUCUUUCUAUUUUUGACACAUGCUUUUGACUUUGGGUGGCUCUUGCUUUCGUCGACAGGCUGGCACUUUCCGAAUAUGGCUGUCACAUUUGAAUGUAUUUUCUACGGAAUGAAUGUAAUGUGAUAAAGCCCAAUAAAUG